AUCCAUCAAACACAGAAUAUUAUCCGUCACACCAUCUCACAAAUUGCAAUGGCUACAUCAAUGGCUUCCAUUCGGGCGGCUACUUCCCGCCCCAUGAAGAAUCUUACUUCCUUCUACAACGAUUAUCUUGACAUCGUCCAAGCCUCCGGCGAGCAGACCGGCCGCGAGUUGACAGACUACGACGAGGAGAAGCAGUUGUCAUCCGACAUGGACUCUCAACGUCAACCAUCAAAGUCCACCUUCUCCAGGCUUACCACGAAGGUGGACCUUAUUAUUGUCCAAACUUACGCCGUCCUCAUUUUUAUCAGCGCAAUGGCCCUUAUCUACUUUACGCGACACGUCAAGGCCUCAGAGAAAGGUCCCAUGGAUCUGGCAAUGGGUAUUACCCUUGGGUCGGCAACGUAUAUCCUCUGUGGUUUGCUCUAUCUCGCUAGUCAGGCGUACGAUAUCAAGUGGGCGGGACAGGGAACGGUGUCAGAGGGCGUCGCAAAUGUCGCUGCAGAGUCGGUUUCGGAUGAGCAUUCCGGCAACCGCUGGUAUGAGCCGUGUAUCUCUCCCAAGGCUAUCGAUACGAUGUUCAAUAUCCAGCUGGGCGUAUUCACCGUCGCCUUCUGGCCUCUUGCUCUAUGCUGGAGCUUUGGACUCCUGUGUUGUGAGGAGUUCGAGGGCGUUGACGGGGAGAUAGCUCUCGGUGAUGUAUGCUCUGCUGAGUACCGCGCUGCGGAGAAGAUGUCUUGUCAAUGUAAGAGGACCUCUGAGAUCUCUGAGAAGGAGCCGUUGCUCGGAUGGAGACUGACUGCGGCAGAGAUUGUGGCGAUUGAGAAUGAGUUGGCGGCGGCUCAGGUGCGGAAGAUGCAUAAGGGCAGAAUGGUUGAGCAGAAGCCGUAUGCUCCUCUGGAGCGUUAG